CCAGGGUAACCAUCGCCCAGCCAAUCAGCAGUCAUGGAUGAGAUGGAUCUGCCCCAGAUGAAGAAGGAGGUGGAGAGCCUCAAAUACCAGCUGGCCUUCAAGAGAGAGAAGUCCUCCAAGACAGUCACUGACAUGGUGAAGUGGAUAGAGGACGGGGUACCAGAGGACCCCUUCCUGAACCCUGAACUCAUGAAGAACAACCCCUGGGUGGAGAAGGGAAAGUGUGUCCUGCUCUAGACGACCUCUAACCCCUGACCCUGCCAUGACCCCUGACCCCUGACCCCAGCCUGGUGGGGCAUGGCAGGACAGCACCCCCCACCAUGAAUGUACAACAGCUGACGUCCAGAC